AACCUAGACAAAUAGGCAGGAAUUAGCUUCCUUACAAGCUCCUGCCUGAAACACUUUGAGAAUUGCUUUCAACUAACUUCAUUUUUAUUUUAUUUUUUUCAGUAAAAUGUCUGGAGCUGAUGACUUUUCGUUGGCAGAUGCUUUACCGGAUCAUUCCCCUGCUAAAACCUCCAAAGUGAGCAAUACAAAAUCUGGUCAACAAACUGGUCAGCCAACACAAGGCUGGCCAGCUUCCAAUCCUUGGAACACCCCAAGUGCUCCACCUACGGGGCCAUCUGGAUUGCCACCAAAUACAACAGCCUCCAGUGUGCCAUUUGGACCUCCCCCAACAGGAAUGUAUCCUUCAAUGCCACCUGGACCGCCUGCUCCAUUUCCACCUCCUCCUACUGGACCCUCUUGCCCUCCUCCUGGUGGUCCCUAUCCACCCCCAUCUGUGCCAGGUCCUGUCCCACCAGGGCAAUAUCCUCCACCAAAUAUGCCCUUUCCAGAGCUUCCAAGACCAUAUGGUGGUCCAACAGAGCCAGCUGCACCUCCUGCUCCUGUUGGGCCAUGGGGAUCCAUGCCUUCUGGAGCAUGGGGAGCAACAAUGGGAGGGCAAUAUCCUGCACCUAGUAUGCCAUAUCCACCCCCUGGGCCAUAUGCCACUCCUACCCAGACACCCGGGGCUGCACCUACAGUACCGUGGGGUACUGUCCCACCUGGAACAUGGGGACCUUCACCACCUGGUCCAUUUCCUCCACCCUCAGGAUCAUAUCCAGCUCCAGGACUAUAUCCUACACCCCCUAAUCCUUUUCAAGUGCCAUCUGGUCCUGCUGGUACUCCAUCAAUGCCUGGUGGUCACCAUCCUUACCGUUGAAUUCAUGCUGGGCAACAAAGUACUGUAGCUUUCCACCUUCAUCCACUAUUUACAGAGAUUU